AUGACGACUAUGGAGAGCUUGAUUGGGUUGGUUAAUAGGAUUCAGAGAGCGUGCACUGUGCUCGGUGAUUAUGGAGGUGGAACUGGUGACGACGCUUUCAAUUCCCUUUGGGAAGCUCUUCCUACCGUCGCCGUCGUCGGUGGUCAGAGUUCUGGAAAAUCUUCGGUUCUUGAGAGCAUAGUUGGGAGAGACUUUCUUCCUAGAGGAUCCGGUAUUGUUACGAGACGUCCUUUGGUGUUGCAGCUGCAUAAGACAGAGGAAGGAACAGAGGAGUAUGCAGAGUUCCUCCAUCUUCCGAAGAAACAGUUCACAGACUUCGCUAUGGUUCGCAAGGAGAUUCAGGAUGAGACUGAUAGAAUCACAGGGAAGAGCAAACAGAUUUCUCCAGUUCCUAUUCACCUCAGUAUCUUCUCUCCUAAUGUUGUGAAUCUGACCCUCGUUGAUCUACCCGGUUUAACUAAAGUGGCUGUUGAGGGACAACCAGAAACCAUUGUUGAGGAUAUCGAAUCCAUGGUUCGCACAUACGUUGAUAAGCCCAAUUGUAUCAUACUUGCUAUAUCUCCUGCCAAUCAAGACAUAGCUACAUCUGAUGCAAUCAAACUUGCAAAAGAAGUUGAUCCAACAGGCGAGAGAACAUUUGGUGUUCUUACCAAGUUAGACCUGAUGGACAAAGGAACUAAUGCAUUAGACGUUCUUGAGGGAAGAUCAUACAGGCUGCAACAUCCUUGGGUUGGGAUAGUGAACCGUUCACAAGCAGAUAUUAAUAGGAAUGCUGACAUGAUGCUUGCAAGAAGAAAAGAGCGGGAAUAUUUUGACACCAGUCCUGACUAUGGUCACUUAGCCAGCAAAAUGGGUUCUGAGUACCUGGCAAAGCUGCUCUCUAAGCACUUGGAGUCUGUUAUCAGGUCACGUAUACCAAGUAUCCUAUCCUUAAUAAACAAAAGCAUCGAGGAACUUGAAAGAGAGUUAGACCGAAUGGGCAGGCCCGUUUCAGUUGAUGCUGGGGCUCAACUCUACACUAUACUGGAGAUGUGUCGUGCAUUCGAUAAAGUAUUCAAGGAACAUCUAGAUGGAGGGCGUCCAGGAGGUGACCGUAUCUAUGGAGUCUUCGACAACCAACUUCCAGCUGCUCUUAAAAAGCUUCCUUUCGAUCGCCAUCUUUCUCUACAAAGUGUUAAGAGAAUAGUUUCUGAAGCUGAUGGUUAUCAGCCUCACUUGAUUGCACCAGAACAGGGCUAUCGCCGUCUUAUUGAAGGGGCGCUUGGUUACUUUAGAGGUCCAGCUGAAGCUUCUGUGGAUGCUGUUCACUUUGUCUUGAAAGAGCUUGUAAGGAAGUCAAUAGCAGAAACUCAGGAGCUAAAGCGUUUCCCUUCGCUGCAAGUGGAGCUAGCUGCAGCAGCCAACACUUCCUUGGAGAAGUUCAGGGAAGAAAGCAAGAAGUCAGUUAUUCGACUUGUUGAGAUGGAGUCUGCUUAUCUAACAGCCGAGUUCUUCAGGAAACUUCCUCAAGAGAUGGAGAGACCAGUAGUAACCAACAGCAAAAACCAGACCGCUUCUCCUUCUCCCGCAGCAGCAGACCAAUACGGAGAUGGACAUUUCAGAAGGAUAGCAUCGAAUGUAUCUGCAUAUGUAAGCAUGGUUUCAGACACACUUCGCAACACCAUUCCAAAGGCUUGUGUUUACUGUCAGGUUAGACAAGCCAAACUAGCGUUGCUCAAUUACUUCUAUAGUCAGAUCAGCAAGAGAGAGGGGAAAGAGUUGGGACUGUUGCUGGAUGAAGAUCCGGCAUUGAUGGGUAGGAGACUAGAGUGUGCGCAGAGGCUUGAGUUAUAUAAGAAAGCCAGAGAUGAGAUUGAUGCAGUUGCUUGGGUGCGAUGA